AUGCUAUUCCCCCUAGUCCUCGUAUUUGUGAAUUUUUACUCUGUUUAUUCAUAUCCCAAAGCCCUGACAUUUGAACUUCCUGAUAAUGAAAAAAUGUGUUUUUAUGAGCAAUUAAAGGCUGAAACUGCAUUUAUCUUUAGAUAUAGUGUGCUAUUUGGUGGCUCCAACGAUGUUGACUUAAUAAUUCGGGCUCCUGACGAAACUCUUAUUCAUGAACGUAGGAGACAAAGUGAAGACAUCUUUGAAAUCGUUUCUACAAAGAAGGGAGCAUACUCGUUCUGCUUUAGUAAUGAGUUUUCUACAUUCACGCACAAGAUCGUUUCAUUUGAACUUUCUACAAAGAUUCCAGAGUCAUUAGCUGUCGAGGCUGGAGGUAGCUACGGCCCCGAACCGAUGAACUUGAUAGAAACGCUACUUGAAAAUACACACAAUUCUUUUGUACAAAUUGAAGACAGCCAAGCUGAGAUUCAAAACCGAGAUAGUCAAGAUCGUCUCCUACUGGCAUACCUCAACGACAAAGUUGUUGUCAUGAGUGUGAUAGUAUUUGUAACAAUUAUUUUAACAGGCUUUGGGCAAGUCACUAUACUUAAGAAUUUUUUUUCCGAGAAACUGCCCUCGUAUAAUGCUUUCAAGUGA